AUGCCGACCUUGAUACCAGUACCACAGCCCUCCUUAUCCCAGGCCAGGGAGAAUCUGGUGAAUGCUUUCCCCCCCAGGCUCCUCUGUCUGCUGGCCUGCGGAGGAAUAGGUUGCCGCUAUGAAGGACCAGAGUGUUGGAAAUUAAAUCAACAGGUCAUUCGAGGCAUCUUCUCCUCCUGGGUGACAGAUGACAUCAUAGCCAUGGCACGGCCAUCUAGUCAUCUAAUUAAGAAGUACAAAAUCAUAGAACAAUUUCAAAGGUUGAACAUCAGAUCAAUCAUCAACAUGCAGCUCCCUGGAGAACACGCUCACUGUGGACCUCCCAUAGAGCCUGACAGCGGUUUCACGUACUCCCCACAGACCUUCAUGGACAAUGACAUUUACUUUUACAACUUUGGGAUGCAAGACUUCAAUGCGUCCUCCCUUGUUGGUUUAAUUGACGGGGUGAAGGUUCUGGCCUUUGCACUGAGGGAAGGAAGAGUGGCCGUGCACUGCCAUGCAGGCCUGGGCAGAUCAGGCGUCCUGAUAGCCUGCUACUUGAUUUACACCCUGCGCAUCAGCCCAAGUGAGGCCGUUCAUUAUGUGCGGAUCAAACGGCCACACUCCAUCCAAACUCGGGCCCAGCUGAACCAGGUGUUUGACUUUGCUCGCCUGCUUGGCUCACAGCUGGUUCAAUACCCAGACCCUCGCCUGCGGCACGGAGACCCUUUCAGCCUGCAGCUGCACCUGAACAGACAGGCCAUACUGCUGCAUGGCCAGGAGGCACGCACCCUCAAACAAACACCAAAGGUGGUGUACCUCCUGUGUGUGUAUCUCUCCUGCUUAGCCCUGGGUCUCCCUGCCCCUCCAGAGAUCCAGGCUGAGCUGGACAAGAGGUCAGCACUGAGGACCCUGAGCAGGACCGUGAGGGAGACCCUGGUGUCGAAACAGUGCUUGCCCUUACUGAGAGAGUGUCACCAGGGGCCAAGAGUGAGUUUAGGAUCGGUGUCCUUCUGGGACGAGCCUCUGGGCUUUUUGACGAGGAAGAGAGAGGUGCUGCAAGACAAACGCAGCUACAGUGACUCUGACCUCAGCAAGAUCGCAGAUCUGGAGUUGAGUCCAUACUGCAACUCAGAAGCUGGAAAUGAAAGACAGGUUUGUGUAAAGGAUCGGACACAACCUGAUCUGAGACCAGCUAGUCCGAUCCUUGCCAGCAUCAAACAAGGCCUCCAGCCAACCAAAAUGGAAUCUCAAGCACUCAACAUGCCAGUAUCUAGCAUGACAUCAAGCAAUGACUGUGCUCUGAGGUCAAAGUGCUCUAGAAAGGCACUUCCCAAAUACAGCUCCAACAUUGAGUUAAGCAGAAAUCUACAUAAUCCAGGCCCAGCCUCAGUUGCUGUUGCUAAGGCAUUGGCAGAUCAUUGUCCACCGGAAGAAAACAUCCUGCAAAGAUCAGCUCUGCUGCAGGAGGAACUGAACAGUAGUGACUGUGGCUGGGCUCUGCUGCUCACUGAGUCAGAUCCUCAGGUUCUCAGCUGUCUGCUGUGGACCUGGCUGGAGAGGUUAAAGGAGCCUGUUCUGAGUGCAGAGGAUGUAGACAGGUUGCGUUGUGGUGCCAACAAACGGAAACCUCUCAGUGUGCUCAAGAAGCCACAGAGAGACACCAUCUCCUGCCUCCUGAGCUGUGUGAGCACCGUGACCAGCCUGUGUCCACACAGAGAGGAUGCAGUGCUGCAACGACUGGUGCAGGCACUUACAAGGUUCCCCCAUGAGGAAACUUCAAGCCUGGCAACGUUAAUGAAGGUCCUGAAGGCGAGUUUAAGAGAAACCUCCCACAGCUACCUCUAAAGAGAUAGCAACACCAAUGUUCCAC